GCCUCAGGGGUUUAUUACUGCACAAACAGGAAGGAAGGCAAGAGAAUUCAAGCACAAGUGCAGAGGGUGGAUAGAGGUAGCGGGGCUUUCCAGCACAGAGGGCAGAAAAAGAGUAACAGAGGGGGUUAAGAGCGGGUGACGUAAAAACGAUACAGAAAGGAAAGAAAAAAAUGAUUCCCUUACCUGCAGUGGAUCAACUGAGACACCCCACAGAAAGACAGAGCAAGCAAGCGUGACAGACAGACAGAAAAGAAAAGAGAAGAAGACAAUUGACGCAAUAGCGCGGGUCAGCAUGACUGAAUGAUCAUCAAUUCCUUGGUAACUUACAUAAACGGAUCAAGACAUCACUUCCGUAAUUUGUGUUAAGGGUUGUACAAGUCAACAGACUUCAUAUGACUGCAAAGUAAUCACACUGAAGGACCGAUUCGAGACAACAGUGAACAUAAACAAGAUGGGAGAACUGAAAUGCAGAUGUCCAAAAGGAAAAUAUAUGCUUGCCAGUUGUAAUGCCACAUCGAAUAUAGUGUGUGAAAUCUGCCCACGGCGUACAUUUAAUGAUCAGGAAAACAAAAUAAGCCAGUGUCGAGCCUGCAGGGAGUGCUCCAGCACCAGCAACAUGGAGAUGGUAAAGGAGUGUGAGGCAGACAAAAACACGCAGUGCAAGUGUAAGCCGGGAUACCUCUGUACACACAUAAGUGAAUCCCACUGUGAUUACUGCAGUCCGGUCUCCACAUGUCCUCCAGGAAAGGGAGUUGACAUUCAUUACACGUUCCAGAAAGACACUGCGUGCAGACCCUGCCCAGAGGGAACGUACAGCGAUGUAGAGGACUACUUUUCCAGCUGCAAAAAUCAUACAAGUUGUGAUGAUUUGGGUCGACAUCUGAAAGUUUCUGGGACCAGCAAAUCAGAUGUUGUGUGUGGAAAUUUUAAAGCAUGUACUACAUCUUGUUCUUGGUUGUUACCUGCUAGUCUGUGGGCAGGGAUCGUGAUUACUGCCCUGAUUGUAUUUCUGAUCCUGUUUAUAAUUUAUUGGAGAAACAAACGUCAGUCAAAAAGAUUAGGUAAGUAA